CGGCGCAGAUUCAAGGCGAGGGACGCAGAGAACAUCUGAGGACUGCAUGCUGGUGUCAUUUAAUGCAGAUUACUAUUCAUUAGUGAAGGAAAAGAGAAAACUCAGCUAACAGGGUGAAAAUGGACAUCCUUGAGACUGAUGCCUAUGACAAGCGCCGAAGGAGGAACAUGUCUUGUGCCCUUCUUUUCUCCCUUUUGCCCUUCUUUUUGUCCUCGGCGUUAUACUUCUACCUUUGGACUCCUGAUUCGGUCCCAUCAGUAGUCUCCGCGGGUGUCAAAGCGGCCCCGACUCUGCUGCUGGCCAUGGUGGUCCUCAGCUGGAACGGAGGGCAGAGUGUGCUGGGUGUGGCAGGGGGGCUGAUCUUCUCUGCUGUGGGGGACUGCUGUUUGGUGUGGCCUGAGCUUUUCAUCCAUGGAAUGGGUGCCUUCGCUGUGGCUCAUCUGCUCUACUCCGUCACCUUCCUGUCCAGUCGUUAUGCAACGUAUUCUUCCUCUUCCUCAUCCUUGAACCGCUUUCUGCAUCUGGUCCUCGUAAUCGUGGGAGGAGCUUUCUACAUCUACCUUUUUCCGUUCCUGCAGAAGACACCAAACUCUGACCUACUGACUCCUGGCGUAGGGAUCUACUUCAUCCUAAUCACCGUGAUGGCUGCAUUAGCCGUCCGGACGCGCCACGUAGCUACGUUGUUGGGGAGUUUGAUCUUCAUGGUGUCUGAUGCUUCCCUGGCUCUGCAGGUCUUCAAAGUUUUGCCACCAAUAGAGCAUGGUCAGAUUGUUGUCAUGGUGACUUAUUAUUUGGCGCAGCUGCUGAUUGCUGUGGGUGACAUAAAAGCAGUGCAGGACAAGGAUGACUUUUCAAAGUGGAAGCGGUCCUAAACCGGAUCUUUGAGGUGCUCCUAACAUCAGAAGAGCGUCUUCUCUUGACCAAAGCCAUAAACAAUAUGGUGUAGUUUGUUAAUCAAAUUAAUUUGAUGCAAAAUAAGCUUGGGACAAGACAGGACCUCAAGAUAUUUAGAUUUCAGUGCUGAUAUUCACUUUUCUUUUUAAAGCGACUGAGGAUGGAAGAAUGGAGCAUUUCUGGUGGUUUGCUGAAGUAUUCACACUCCUUGAAAUUCUUUGUAUUCUGUUAAAUUAAAAUCACAAACUUCAAUGUAUUUUAUUUGGAUUCAGUGGAAAUGUUUGCCCAUUCUUCAUCGCAAAAUAGUUCAAAUCUUAACUGGAUUUACUUUUACAACUUUGACUAGGCCAUUCGAAAACAUGGACAUGCUUUCAUCCAAACCACUCCACUGAAGUUCUAGCUGUAGUGUUAUUCUUUAAUUUACCCCCACAUAAUAUCCAGUUUCCCCAUAGUAUGAUGCUUUCAGUGUGAGUAUAGUGGUAGUUUCACAACGCUCACUGCAUUUUAGAUCUAAGGCAAACAUUGAUUUUUGUUUCCCAUUUUUAUUUGUAAAAAAAAAAAAGUUUAAAACUCUGCAUAUUUUUUUCUUCUCUUUCAUACGUUAAGAUGAAAAAGGUUGAGGUUUGUGGUUGAAUGGUGACAAAUGUGGAACAGUUCAAGAGGGUUGAAUACUUUUCUAAGUCACUGUAUAUUCUGGGAUUUAUUGGAAUAUAUUUUUACAUGAAAUUCAUGUUAAUGUAUAGAUUGUACAUGUGAUGCCAUAAUACAAACUGCCCACUGAAUGUAUAUGAACAGCAGUAUUUUAUUUACAAUAAAUAUUUCCAAUGUCCA